UAAACCAUUUCCCCUCAUAGAAGGCAAAUCUAACAUUACAGUCCUUGACACUCAGAUAGAAAAACUGCGCCUCAAGUCUCUCAAACAGAUUGGAGAAGCAGCAGCAAGGAUGAGAAAUGAAGCUACUGAUGUGGAAGCCACUCUGACAGAGAUUGAGGAUUGGUUGGAUAAAUUACUGCAACUGAGUGAAGAGCCACAAAACAGUAUGCCUGAUGUAAUCAUAUGGAUGAUCCGAGGGGAGAAAAGACUGGCUUAUGCUCGUGUUCCUGCACACCAAGUGCUGUACUCCACAACGAGCCCUGAAUCAUCUGGUAAAUAUUGUGGAAAGACCCAAACAAUCUUCCUAAAGUACCCACAGGACAAGACGAAAGAUGUCAAAAUGCCUGUGGAGUUGCGAGUUAACAUUUGGCUUGGGCUCAGUGCAGUUGAAAAGAAGUUUAAUAGCUUUGCAGAGGGAACGUUCAGUGUUUUUGCAGAAAUGUAUGAAAAUCAGGCUCUUCUUUUUGGAAAGUGGGGUACUUCAGGACUUGUUGGUCGGCACAAGUUUUCUGACGUCACAGGAAAAAUCAAACUGAAAAGAGAGUACUUUCUACCCCCAAAAGGCUGGGAGUGGGAAGGAGAAUGGAUGGUUGAUCCUGAAAGAAGUUUGUUGACUGAAGCUGAUGCUGGUCAUACUGAGUUUACUGACGAAGUAUAUGAAAAUGAGAGUCGCUAUCCUGGAGGGGAAUGGAAAGCAUCUGAAGAGAGUUACACAGAUGUGAAUGGAGAAAAAGCUCCACCACCACGUGAGUUCACGUGUCCUCCUGGAUGGAUGUGGGAAGAUGAUGCUUGGAAAUCUGAUUUAAAUCGGGCAGUGGAUGAGCACGGAUGGGAAUAUGGAAUUACUAUUCCUCCAGACACUAAACCAAAGUCAUGGGUUGCUGCAGAGAAAAUGUACCAUAUACAUCGACGACGAAGACUGGUGCGGAAACGUAAGAGGGAUCCAGCUCAAGCAGUAACAGCAGGAAGGGGAAUGUCACCAUAUGAAGAUCAAGAAGGAUGGGAAUACGCUUCUUUGAUUGGCUGGAAAUUUCACUGGAAACAACGCAGUUCUGACACUUUCCGUCGAAGACGAUGGAGACGAAAAAUGGCUCCCUCAGAGACACAUGGUGCAGCAGCUAUCUUUAAACUUGAAGGUGCUUUGGGAGCAGACACUAGUGUUGAUGACGGAGAAGGGAAGAGUGCAGAUAAAACCAAGGAGUCAGCUACAAAGGUGUUUGGUGCCAAUACACCACUUGUUUCCUGCUACUUUGACAGAAUAUAUACUUACCAUCUUCGCUGUUACAUCUACCAGGCAAGAAAUCUCAUGGCUUUAGACAAAGACAGUUUUUCAGAUCCGUAUGCUCAUGUUUCCUUCCUCCAUCAAAGCAAAACAACUGAGAUCAUUCAUUCUACUCUAAAUCCUACAUGGGACCAAACUCUCAUAUUUCAUGAAAUUGAGAUCUAUGGGGACCCACAGACAGUAGCCCAAAACCCACCUAAUGUUGUUAUUGAACUUUUUGACAGUGACCAAGUGGGUAAAGACGAAUUCCUUGGAAGAAGUGUUUGUUCCCCCAUGGUCAAGUUAAUCCCAGAAGAGGACAUCACACCAAAACUGCUGUGGUAUCCUGUAACAAAUAAUGGCAAAGCUAGUGGAGACAUUCUUUUUGCUGCAGAACUUAUUUUGAAGGACAAGGGUGGUGCGAACCUUCCAAUUCUUCCAUCACAAAGAGCACCAAAGCUUUACAUGGUACCUCAAGGAAUCAGACCAGUAGUUCAACUCACUGCUGUUGAGAUUCUGGCUUGGGGGUUGCGGAACAUGAAAAACUACCAACUGGCACCUGUUAUGUCUCCAAGUCUCAUUGUGGAAUGUGGGGGUGAAAUGGUGGAAUCUGUCGUGAUCAAAAACCUCAAAAAGACACCAAAUUUUCCAUCUUCUGUUCUCUUCAUGAAAGUUCUUUUGCCAAAAGAGGAGUUAUACAGUCCAUCUCUUGUUAUUAAAGUAAUAGACCACAGACCAUUUGGACGGAAGCCCAUCGUGGGACAGUGUACUAUUGAUUUACUGGAAAGCUUUCGCUGUGACCCCUACACUACUAAAGAAGACAUUGCACCACAACUGAAAGUUAGUCUACUCUCUGCUGCACCUCGCCAGGAUACGGUAAUUGAAAUGGAAGACACACAGCCACUGCUAGCAGCUCAGCUUACAGAAAAGGAGGAAGAAAUUGUUGAUUGGUGGAGCAAAUUUUAUGCUUCAGUAGGAGAACAUGAAAAAUGUGGACAGUAUAUUAAAAAAGGAUAUGACACUUUAAAGGUGUAUGACUGUGAAUUGGAAAAAGUACCUGAAUUUAAUAGCUUAACAGACUUCUGUGAUACAUUUAAACUAUACAGAGGCAAAUCUGAGGACAGUGAUGAUCCGUCAGUGGUUGGGGAAUUCAAGGGAUCCUUUAAAAUCUAUGCAUUACCUGAUGAUCCCACUAUUCCAGCUCCUCCUCGCCAGUUCCGUGAGCUACCAGACAGUGGUCCUCAGGAGUGUAUUGUGCGAAUUUAUAUUGUUCGAGCUUUGCAGCUUCAACCCCAGGAUAAUAAUGGGCUGUGUGAUCCUUAUAUAAAAAUAUCCCUAAGUAAAAAAGUAAUUGAAGACAGAGAUAAUUAUGUGCCUAAUACUCUCAACCCGAUUUUUGGCAGAAUGUAUGAACUCAGCUGCUUCUUGCCUCAAGAAAAGGAUCUGAAAAUUUCAGUCUAUGACUAUGACACAUUGACUCGUGAUGAAAAAGUGGGUGAAACCAUAAUUGAUCUUGAGAACAGAUUCCUUUCUCGUUAUGGAUCUCACUGCGGCAUCCCACAGCAGUAUUGCAUUUCAGGUGUGAAUACCUGGCGUGAUCAACUAAAACCAACCCAGUUAUUGCAAAAUGUAGCCAGGUUUAAAGGCUAUGCUCCUCCUGUCCUCUCUGAGAACGGUAGAAAGAUUAACUACGGGGGACGAGACUAUACUUUGGAGGAAGCUGAAGCUAACAAAAUUUUGCACCAGCAUCUUGGUCCAGAGGAACAAAGGCUAACAUUUCGUGUCAAUAAGCAGUUCCGUGGAAUUAACCAUGACAAAGCCUGUGUGCAACAAACAAUCCCUCAUCCAUCUUCUCCACUGCUACAGGGAAGGCUCCAGAUGUGGGUUGAUGUUUUCCCCAAAAGCUUAGGACCUCCAGGCCCUCCCUUCAACAUCACUCCCCGAAAAGCCAAGAAGUAUAUCUUGCGGGUGAUUGUCUGGAACACCAAAGAUGUCCUUCUGGAUGAAAAGAGCAUCACAGGGGAAGAAAUGAGUGACAUUUACGUGAAGGGAUGGAUGCCUGGUAAUGAAGAAAAUAAGCAGAAAACUGAUGUUCAUUACCGAUCAUUGGAUGGUGAAGGGAACUUUAACUGGAGAUUUGUUUUUCCUUUUGACUAUCUCCCAGCGGAGCAACUCUGUGUAGUUUCCAAAAAGGAACAUUUUUGGAGUCUUGACCAGACAGAAUUCAGAAUCCCACCCAAACUGAUCAUUCAAAUAUGGGAUAAUGACAAGUUCUCCUUGGAUGACUAUCUGGGCUUUGUGGAACUUGAUUUACACAAAACAAUCAUUCCAGCAAAAGCUCCAGAGAAAUGCAAUAUAGACAUGAUUCCAGAAUACAAGGCAGACGGUUCUCAGAAGGCUCCCAGGACCGCCUCUCUCUUUGAACAGAAAUCCAUGAAAGGAUGGUGGCCAUGUUAUGUUGAAAAGGAUGGCUCCCGUAUUUUAGCGGGUAAAGUUGAAAUGACAUUGGAAGUUGUCAAUGAAAAAGAAGCUGAGGAAAGGCCAGCUGGUAAAGGAAGAGAUGAACCCAACAUGAACCCCAAACUAGAUCUACCAAACCGACCAGAUACUUCCUUCCUUUGGUUUACAAAUCCCUGCAAGACAAUGAAAUUUAUUGUGUGGCGCAGGUUUAAAUGGCUCUUUAUAGGCCUUGUCAUCUUGCUGAUUUUACUCUUGUUUGUUGCAGUACUCCUCUACUCAUUGCCGAACUAUUUGUCAAUGAAGAUCGUGAAACCAAUUUAAAGAAGAGUUUUUUACCUCGUCUUUUUACAUAGUAAUGAGGUUUCGCCUCAGGCUGUGGACCAAAUUCAGCAAGGCUCUCCAUCCUUUUUAUCUGCUAGUAUUUGGAACUGUAAAAUAGAUAAGUAAGAAUUUAACCAAGGUUAGCCAAGGUUCAAGGGGUCAUGACAGGUGUUUUUAAAAAACAAAAGAUAAACCCCCUCAUGUUCCAUGUACUUUUUUUUUAUUCCAGUAGUAUCUACACAUGGUAAAGUUCUGACUUCCUUGCUUUUAAAC